CUGUUUUAUUAAAACACACUCUUCUGAUCAGCUCUGCUCAUGUGUGUCUUUGUUUCUCUGACAGUAGAGCUGAAUGGACGGAAGGAAGGAAGGAAGGGUGUUGUUGGCUAAACAAAAGCUAUUGUUCAUGCUUAUCAUGUUCGGAUAGAGUAAAUAGCGUUCUCUACUAGUCUCUCUGAAGUAGUAGCUCCUCCCAAAUCUCGUGAGACAUUAACAUGGAGCAGGUGGAGCAGCUCAGGUCCGAAAGCCCUCAGCUGGAGUCUGUAAGGUCAGAGGUCUCUGGAGGGCAGGUGGAUGAAGGAAGCAGCGGCACUAGCACUCGGAGGAAGAGGAGAAAGCGAGAACACCGGCCGGAGUCCAUCAUCGUCUACCGCUCUGAUCCAGAGAGAGCCGCUGGUGAAGAAGACCAUGGAGCAGACAGUGAGGGUGGAGAGAGGAACUCUGAAGAGGGAGCUACGUUUCUGAACAACCCCAGCAGUGAAGGUUGGGCCGUGGCUUCAGACAGCCGCUACGUGACGCUCACCGGGACCAUCACGCGCGGAAAGAAGAAAGGUCAGAUGGUGGACAUUCACGUCACGCUCACAGAGAGAGAGCUGCGAGAGAUGGCCCGGUCAAAGGAGCGUCUGGAUGCUGAAUGCGACGCUCGCGAGGGAUCGAGCCGCUCGUGUGGUUUCGGUCUUUCUCAGGGACCUCACGUCGUCCUGUGGAGCCUCUCCUGCGCUCCGGUCAUCUUCGUCCUGUCCUUCAUCACCUCGUUUUACUACGGUACUCUCACUUGGUACAAUAUAUUCCUGGUUUACAACGAGGAGCGGACGUUCUGCCAUAAAAUCACGGUCUGCCCGUUGCUCAUCAUCUUCUACCCCGGGCUCAUCGUGGCUCUGUCGCUGUCGCUGGGCUUGUACUCGGCCGUGGUGCAGGUGUCCUGGGCCUUCGGGGAAUGGUGGCUGUCGGUCAGGGAUCUGGAGAAGGGUUUCUGCGGAUGGGCUUGUGGGAAGCUCGGGCUGGAGGACUGUUCUCCGUACAGCGUAGUCGAGCUGCUGGACUCGGACACCAUUUCUGGGAGUCUGCGGGGAAAGUCGCUGCAGACAUCCUCGGUGUGAAUAUAGAAAUCAUCCGAGAUUUUCCCCACUGGUUACACAGCCCUGCAUCUUCUGCUGAUUUGCCAAAAAUGCCUAGUAUUAGCUGAUUUGAUGAUGCGGAGUAAAAAAAAAAAAAACUUUUUUUCCUAUUAUAUAUAUAUGUAUCAGGUUUAAUGCACUAAUUAAAAUGAUCAAAUCUAAGAAAAAAUCUGAUUCUGAGAAAUGUAGCAGUGCAUCAUUGUCUCAUCAAUGGAUGCUUUGCAGUGAAUGGGUGCCGUC